AGCAGCAACAGCUAGCAGCCAGCAGUUACCUCUGUCGGGGGACGAGGCGUAUUAACAUGCAAAAGUUUAGAAACACGGAUUCCUCGUCCUGAAUAGACUAAAGAGCGACGCUUGGUGACACCUGAGACGACGUUCGACACCAUGGGGCAUAGCUGGCUUUCUAAAUAGCUAGUUAUUGACGUUAUUUUGGAGCUUCAAAUGUGCCAAAAGUCGCUCGGUCUCUCUUUCGUCGUCGGAACAAGAUGGCAGCAGCAGCAUCGUUGCAGGAUUUGACUGUGGUGCGGUUCCUCAUUGCUAGCCUGUUCCUUGACGCUCUGAGUGAUACAAUUUACUGGUCUUACUGAAGGUAUGGCCUCACAAGUCUUGGUCUACCCAUCACACCUGCACUCAGCUCAAACAAGUGCCUUAGGAACCAGCAGCAGCGGUACCAGCAGACACAUAGGUGAAGCUCACCACAGUAAUAACACCAGCAGAGCCUUCCAGCACAGACCCCCGCCCAAAACGUAUGUGAUCGGAAUCAACUACGGUAUCGCCUACCCCAACAACGUCAUCCCAUCGUCAGCCGGUGCAUCGCAGGCAGCAGCAUUACAGAGCCAGGAGAGCUGGGAGAGACUAGGAGAAGGCCCAGCUGGGAUUCAAGAGCAGGAGUCUCUUUUCCAGAGCAGAGGCCCACAGGAAGUGAGGCUUCAUAGGGACAGUGGUGGAACCCCAUCAGGCAGAGGAAGAGGAGGAGGAGGAGGCGGCGGUUUGGACUGCGGGCCUCUGAGGAGGACCUGUAUCAGAGCAGAGGAGGAGGCAGAGGGCAGGAGCAAAAGAGCACAGACGAGAGGGGGAUACGUUAACCUUCUAGACACAAGUGCCACCCAGAGAUGUGAAAAGAAGACAGGCGAAGGUGGAGAACAACCACGGGAGAGCUGCGUCAGAACCAUGCAGAUAGUGGAGGAGGUGUCUGCUCUACCUUCACUUCCUCCCCCUGUGGCCAUGUUGCAAACCAGCACCGGGAACCAUGCGGACACUGUUAGAGUAGGGGGCGGAGGGACACUGCCCGCUCAACACAACAGGGUUGAGCCAGUGACCGGCAUUGGAAUUGGGGCGGACGGGACCAAAAUCAAGCCUAACGGCAGCACAGAGACAGCAGCGGCGGGAGCUACGGUAACCAGAACCGGAUCAGGAGAUGGUGACUAUCAGCUAGUUCAGCACGAGGUUCUGACCUCCAUGAAGAACAGCUACGAGGUUUUGGAGUUCCUGGGUCGGGGCACCUUCGGUCAGGUGGUGAAGUGCUGGAAGAGGGGGACGAAUGAAGUGGUGGCGGUCAAAAUACUGAAGAACCACCCAUCCUAUGCACGCCAGGGACAGAUUGAGGUGGAGAUCCUGGCACGGUUGAGCAGCGAGAACGCGGACGAGCACAACGUGGUGCGUGCUCUGGAGUGCUUUCAGCACCGCAGUCACACCUGCCUGGUGUUCGAGAUGCUGGAGCAAAACCUCUACGACUUCCUUAAACAGAACAAGUUCAGCCCACUGCCACUUAAAAUCAUCAGGCCUAUUCUGCUGCAGGUGGCAACAGCCUUAAAGAAGCUGAAGUCUCUGGGUUUGAUUCAUGCUGACCUGAAGCCUGAGAACAUCAUGCUGGUGGAUCCCUCCAGGCAGCCCUACAGAGUCAAGGUCAUUGACUUCGGCUCAGCCAGCCAUGUCUCCAAAGCCGUCUGCUCCACUUACCUGCAGUCCAGAUACUACAGGGCUCCAGAGAUUAUUUUGGGCCUGCCAUUUUGCGAGGCCAUAGACAUGUGGUCACUGGGCUGUGUGAUAGCUGAGCUCUUCUUGGGCUGGCCCCUCUACCCUGGAGCGCUGGAGUACGACCAGAUCCGGUACAUCUCUCAGACUCAGGGCCUUCCCGGCGAGCACCUGCUCAACAAGGGGACCAAGACCUCUCGUUUCUUCUCCAAAGAGUCCGACUCUCCCUACGCCUCCUGGAGACUAAAAACGACAGAAGAGCACGAGAAAGAGACAGGACUCAAAUCCAAAGAAGCCAGAAAGUAUAUCUUCAGCUGUCUGCAAGACAUAGCACACGUGAACUUGGUGCUGAGUCCUGAUACCAGUGACAUGCAAGCAGAGAAAGCAGACAGGAGGGAGUUUGUGUCUCUGCUGAAGAGCAUGCUGUGGAUCGACGCGGAGGAAAGGACCGUUCCCGACAGCGUCCUCAAUCACCCCUUCCUCACUAUGACUCAUCUGCUGGACUACCCGCACAGUAACCACGUGCAGUCAUCUUUCCGCAUCAUGGACAUGUGUCACAGUCGGUCAACCAACGCAGUCUUUGACGCUCUGAACCAGAACUCCAUUCAUUUCUCAAGACCUCCGGUAGCCCCCACUGUCUCCUCUGGAAUUCCUCUGGGCUACAGCAACAUCCCAGUCCACACUCAGGCUAUUACCCAGUCGGCUCCCUCAGUGUUGCAUCCUGGGAUAGCUAUAACAACUGGGAACGGUCAGUUUGGGUGCAGCGACUCGUUCCCACCUGCUCUCCUCCUUUGUCCUCCCACCAUGCAAGGUAACCUUAAUCAACCAGCAGGGUAUUCUGUUCCCAUGGUAACUCAGGCCCCUCCCAUACAACCCUUACCAGUGAGGGCGGGUGUAAUCGCACAGCAGGCCUGGUCUAGCCGGGGCCAGCAGCUCCUCGUCCCAGCAGCCUGGCAGCAGAUGACUCCAGUGGGUCCUCCUCCCUCUCACCCGCCUCCACCACCCCCGUCCUCCCUAACCAAUGACACCACGGCCGGCCCGCAGAGGAUCAGCGACUGGGGGAAAGUGGGUCCCCACAGCAACCAUUACAGUUCAAUGAUGCAACAAUCUCUCCUGACCAAUCAGAUGACAGCCCUCUCUGCCCAUCAGCCAAUCAACAUCGGCAUAGCUCACGUUGUGUGGCCUCAGCCGGCCUCCAAAAGGAACAGACACAGUCACAACAGGAACCUGUCCCACCAGAGCAACAUCCACAUAUCGCAUUGUCGGACCCCAAAGAUGGCUGAUGUGGUCAGUCAGGCAGUGGCAGGAAGGGGGCAGCCACAGAGGGAGGUGCCUGUGGUGGAAACCAGGCAACCGGAAGCUCAAAACACAGACGAGGAGGAAGAUGAUGCAGAGGAGGAAGUCAGCUGCUUCAAAGAGGUGGUGCCAAACGGUAUCAGACAGCUGGAGCGUUCCAGUCAACUACAGCGAGACGUGGCGGUUCUGAUGGGUGACACCCCAAGCCCCGCGCCCAGUGUGAUCAGCAUCCGCAGCGAAUUGACAGACGGGGAGGAGGAAGACCCCCAGAGGUGCCAUCUGAGCGAGUGUAAAGAGGAGUGUGUGUGUGAGGCGUGCAGAAACACCAGUGUGACCAUGGAGAGAGUGUGUUCCCUCAGCAGCCCCGACAGCAGCCUCAGCACCAGUUCCUUUGCCUCCAACUCGCUUCAGUCCAGCCCCUCUGUCUCACCUUGCAAGAGAUCCAACAGCAUGUCAGAGGAUGACGGCCACGAGAGUGGCUGUGACACAGUGGAAGGCUCCCCCACGUCCGACACAUCAACCUCCCCACGCAGCAACAGUCCUUACCGUUACCUUGACAAUAGUAACCACAACAACCGCCCACCCUUGGCUGCCAUGGUAGCACCACUGCCUUCCCCUGCAGUGCAGGGCAGGAGCCCCCGUGGUGUCAGGACAAUGGUGGUUCCACCAAUGAGAGUGCAUAACAACAACAAUCAAGGGAUAGAGGAGCGUUUCCACAGAACAGUCUCAGAGUCCUGGUCCCGGUCCAAAGGUCGCUGCAGCCUCAUUGGACAACAAAGCACUCCCUCUUCCGUCCCCCUCUUCCCAUCCGCCCCACUCCUUUCCCGCCAACAAAAAUUGUCGGGGCAGCAGCACCCUCUGGGUUUUGGACAGGUGCAGCCGUACGGUUCCAACCACAGCAAAGAAUGGAACGGCAACUAUGGUCCGCUGCGGCCGCACGCCUACAUCCCCCCUACUGUCCACACACACACCUUCACGCACCUGCCGCACAGCAGCCCCACGCACACGUCGGCCGCCCCGCACACACACACCCAGGGCCUGCCAACACACACCCUGCUGUCCUACCCUCCCAGCGGCCCGCUCACCGCCGCCCACCACCCCCACCCCAUCCUGCCCUCUCGCCCUCCUCCUCCCCCUCUCCUCCAGCACAGCUACAGUCUCUCCCACACACAAGGUGGCGCCAUAGUUCACCAGGUGACCCUGGGCCUCAGCACCCACCCGCACCACCCAGGACACCCUCACAGGCUCCUCCCUUCCCCGACCAUUCACCCCCAUCACCAGCCGAGUUACGCUCACCACCCGCACCAGUUCAAGCCCCCCUUCCCGCCUCCGCCGCCCCCCCCUCACCCUUACAUGGCGUCGCCCGCCGCCUACACAGGCUUCCCUCUGAGCCCCACCAAGCUCAGCCACCACCCCCAGUUCUCUUACAUCUGAGGAGCAGGACAGGGCCGCAGCAGUACCUUCUGGUGAGGAAGGGCGACGGGAAAUGGAGCGGGGCUGCGACCUGGGCCUGUCGAGCGAGCAGCAGAGCACAAAACGGACACUUGUGAUGACAAAGAAGAUGAAAGAAGAAGAAGAUGAUGAUGGAAAAUAUGGUUAACAAGAGGAAGGUGAAUUAACGAUGUAUAAUAGGCGGAAUCGAGGAAGAAACCCAAAAGUAAUGAUGCUGAAGAUGCUGUUUUUUUUGUUUUUUUCUGGUGUUACGAGGCCUCUCUUGACGCAGAGGCACAAAAGUCAAUGAUGGUGUUUGAUUGUCGGAGUAACUCGUGCUCCGAAAGACUUUUCCUGCAAACGUCAUGUCAACCAGCAGAGCGACGAUCCAUUUAAAACUGCAAAGCUUUACGAGAGAGCAUCACAAGAGUGAGCCGAUUCACAAAUGAUGAUGAUGAUGAUGAUGAUGAGAAAAUUGAAAAAAAGAAGAAAAGAAUGUGUCCUUUGCACAUUACCUCCUGUCAUUUUGUCGUUCGAGUAGUGUUCAGAAAUGAUCUAAUUAUAGUGGCUGGAAAUCAUUCGUCGCCGUUCGCUGUCGGGCCGACCCCUUUAUCUUUGUUGCCUUGUAGCACGUGCUAGCCGCUCAGAUCAGUUGUUGUUUUUUAUGAAAGCCAUCCCAGUCUGUAUUAACCAGGAUCGUAAGAAAAAAAGAAAAAAUAAACGCUCCUGUCUUUGUUUGAGGCAGACUCCGCUGCUGCUGCCCCCCCCCCCCCCCCCCCCC